AUGCCCAUCGCCAGCAGCGACUCCAGCAGCAAGAAGAAGAAGAAAGAGAAGGACAAGAAGCAGGAGAAGAAGCACUCGCAGACUCGCAGCGGCGGCGAUGAUGGCCUCCUCCGCCGCCUCCCUGUCGCCGACCACUGCCGCGCUGCUACGCGCCUCGCCGAACUCUCCAACAGCAACAGCAGCCUCCAGCAGCGUCCGUCUCCUCUCCUGGCCUCGACCACUCCUCGCUCCUCGCCGCGGCAGACAGCGACCAGCCAGCAGCAGCAGCACUCGGCAGACAGCGGCUCCUGCUCCUCGCCCGAGAUCGAGCAGCUGCGGACGACCUUCAAGCGGCAGACGGUAGAUGCGGGCACCCAGUACUCCCGGCCCUCGACCCCGUCUGAUCCUGCUGCUGCCGCCGGCGAGAGUUCACGUAUGCCGGGCACUGCCAUAGGGACCAAACGCACCCCUCCAGAUGCGACGAAGGUGAUUGCCGCCCCCGGGCCUGCGUCCACCCCAGCUCUCUCCAAAAAUCCUCAUUCCCAGCAACAACAACAACAACAACAACAACAACAACAACAACAACAACAACAACAACUGCCACAACAGCAGCAGCAGCAGCAGCAACUGCCACAGCAACAACAGGCUCGCCAGCAGAAUCAGCGCCGGCAGCAAUUGGAUGACGAUGACAGGCCGCCGGAAGGUUCGGCCUCCAAGAGGUUAAGGCCUGCCAAACCCCCGGUCAAGCUUCUUCCUCGACGCUAUGAAGCUGCAGACCCGCGGGACCUGGUAGUCCUGAUCUCAAGCAUGAUCAUGGAGCUCAUCCGCUUCAACGACCAGAUCCCGCUCCGGGACGGCAGGCUGACUCGGUUUCACUCCCGCUCUCCGCCCCGGAUAUCGGUCCAGGACUACCUGCAGCGUCUCACCACUCACGCAACGCUCUCGCCUCCCAUCCUGCUAAGCAUGGUGUACUACAUAGACCGUCUUUGCGCUCUGUACCCGGCCUUCACCAUUUCCAGCUUGACCGUCCACCGGUUCCUCAUCAGCAGUGCCACCGUCGCCAGCAAGGGGCUCAGUGACAGCUUCUGGACCAACAAGACCUACGCCCGAGUGGGAGGCAUCAGCGUGGAGGAACUGGCUCUCCUGGAGCUAGAGUUUCUCUGGCGGGUGGAAUGGCGUAUCGUGCCCCAGCCAGAGGUCCUUGUUGACUACUAUCUCAGCCUGGUCGAGCGCUGCGACGACUACGAGAUGCAACCAGAGCUUCCUCCGCCGAUUCCCCCGGCAGUAACGGCAGCCGGAGGUGCUCGGUCAAUCCGGGCUCCUGCCACUGCUCCUCCUGCCCCGAGACCCGCACCAGCUGCUUCCUCUGCGCCAGCCGACUCUCAACCCAAAUCCCACGUAAAACCUGAGCCUUCAACCACCACCACUACCACCGCCGCCGACGAAAAGACCGAGCCAGACUCUGCGCAGAGCACACCAUCUUCUUCCACAUAA